CUGCGCCGGCUGAUGAUCAAGAAUGGUGGGCGAGGCAGGUGAGGGGCCAAUAUUUGUAGAACCGCUAAUUAUUGCAAAGAGAGAAUUGAAAAAAUAAUGGAGAUGACAGAGGAUGUUGUGAUCAUUGGUGCUGGAAUUUCUGGUCUUGCUACUGCUCUUGGGCUUCACAGGGAGGGGGUGAGGAGCUUAGUGGUGGAGUCAUCAGAGGGCUUAAGAAACACAGGGUUCGCGCUUUCAUUGUGGACGAAUGGGUGGAGGGCACUUGACGCGCUUGGAAUUGGAGAUUGUCUCAGGCAACACUCCCUCCAGAUCAGCGAGUACCAGGUUUUCUCUGCAGACUCCGGGCUUCCCACUGCUGCCGCACCACUGCAUUUGCACAAGAAUCAGUGAGACUUUUGAGAGCCGCUGCUUGAGAAGGAAAUUGUUACUGGAGACAUUAAACAAAGAGCUGCCUCCAGCAACCGUACGGUACUCCUCAAAGGUGGUUAUGAUUGAAGAAUCUGGAAUGUUCAAAUUGGUUCAUCUCGCAGAUGGGUCCGUUAUCAAGGCUAAGGUUCUAAUUGGGUGCGAUGGAGUGAACUCAAUGGUGGCCAAGUGGUUGGGACUCCAGAGUGCAGUUGAUUCGAAGAGAUCAGCAAUUAGAGGAUUCGUUGAGUAUGCGCAUGGGUAUGAGCCAAAGAUUUAUGCUUUUUAUGGAGGUGGUGUGCGCUUCGGCUUUCUUCCUUGUGAUGAUAAUGCUUUGUAUUGGUUCUGCACUUACAACCAAUCUGUUGCCCACUUCGAUAAAAGUGAGGCGCAUGAUCCCAUCAAACUCAAGAAGUUUGUGCUAAGCAAGGCUAAGGAUGUGUCGGAGGAAGUGAGCGACAUUCUUGAGAGGACUCCACUGCACUCUAUUUCCAGUUCUAAGCUAAAGCUAAGACUCCCAUGGAAUGUGUUGCUAGGAGACAUUGCCCGCGACAACGUUUGUGUAGCCGGUGAUGCCCUCCAUCCGAUGACACCCGAUCUCGGGCAGGGUGGGUGCUCUGCCCUUGAAGACAGCAUUGUACUUGCCCGGUGCCUUGCAGGCGCAUUAUUGGGGAAAAGACCAAUACAAGAUGAUGAUGAUGAUGAUGAUAGUUUCAAAAGGAUAAAAGAGAGCCUUGCGAAAUACACUAAGCAGAGGAGAUGGAGAAGCUUUGCACUCAUCACUGCAGCUUAUUUGACUGGUUUUGUUCAGGAGAGUAAUAACAGAGUGAUCAGCUUCUUAAGGGAUAAGUUCUUGGUUCAUCAUACUUUGAGGAUCGUGCUUUGUAUGGCAGAUUUUGAUUGUGGGGAACUAUUGUUAUGAUUUAGAUAUUAAUUAAUCGUGAAAGCAAUAAGGACUUUUCUGUUGAAGUUUUUUAUUCGGACAUGUUGAACAAAUCCCUUAAAGUCCGAUUUCAUAUUUGCUCAAAAAAUGAGAUUUUUUUUUGCAUCGCUGCAUUCAACUAAACCUCCUCCAAGCACAAUCACUGAGUGAAAGACUUACAACGGCCAAAGUAGAUGAUGAUGAAGAAGAGAAACAAGCUAAGCGGCCAGUCUGGUGCGAAACUCUACCACCCGUGUUACCUUUUAAUGGAACGACGUGAGCCAUUAAUCGCAGAGUACAGCUUGGGAGAGCUUUGUGAUAUUUUUAUGAAUAGAUAUUUUAUGCUCAAAAUAGCAAAACUCUCGGUCAUCCUUAUAAUUUUGUAUAUAUUGUGAAAAGGUUAGAUAAGUAUCACAACUUAAAGAAUGAUCCAUAAUUAUCCUAUUAUUAUAUCCACAUAAUCUAUGAGAGGGAAACCACAUUGAGAUUGGUUAUUUAAAAGGUAAAACACUUGCACG